GACGAAAUUUUCAUGCGAAAUGUUUAUUUAUAAACAAGCCACGAUCUCACCUACUCUUCCUGGUCUUACCUGAAACUAAUCAUGGCCACCAAAACCUACCCGUUAUUUUCCUCCUCUGAACUAGCCAGUCAUAACACCGCGACUGAUUGCUGGGUCUCGCUCAACAACAGAAAGAUCUACAAUGUCGCCGACUUCCUCGAAGACCAUCCUGGCGGCGCCGACCUCAUUUUGGAGUACGCCGGUAAGGACAUUACCGCCAUCAUGGCUGACGAGAUUUCCCACGAACACUCUGAAAGUGCCUACGAAAUUUUGGACGACGCCUACAUGGUGGGCUACCUUGCUACUGACGAAGAAGAAAAAAACUUGCUUCACAACAAGAAUAACGUGCCAGUUGAGGUCACGUUGGACUUGACCCAGUUCCAAGAAGAAUUGCCAGCGGAAGAAUUGUUGAAUGUCAAGACCGACUACGAUUCUGACUUGAAAAAGCACAAGUUUCUUGACUUGAACAAGCCGUUGUUCUUCCAAAUGUUGUUCUGCGACUUCUCCAAGGACUUUUAUCUUGACCAAGUCCAUAGACCUCGCCAUUACGGUAAGGGUGACGCAGUAUUUUUCGGCAAUUACUUAGAACCCUUCUCCAAGACUGCAUGGUGGGUCGUGCCAAUGCUCUGGCUCCCAGUCGAUGGAUACUUCUUCUAUCAAGGUUGGAUCCACAACUCCCACCCCCUUCUUCAUUUGUUCUGGUGGGGUGUCGGUUUGUUUGUCUGGACCUUGCUUGAAUAUGGCUUGCACCGUUUCCUUUUCCACUUGGACCACUAUUUGCCAGACCACCCGCUUGCUCUCACCAUCCAUUUCACUAUGCAUGGUGUCCACCACUACUUACCAAUGGAUGGCUACAGAUUAGUCAUGCCACCAGCCAUGUUGAUUGCCCUUGCUACUCCGAUCUAUAAGCUUGUCUUUAUGCUCUUGCCAUACAGAUUCGCCUGCUCCGGGUUUGCAGGUGGCUUUUUAGGCUACAUCAUGUAUGAUGUCAUCCACUACUUGUUGCACCACUCUAAGUUGCCGGGCUACUUGCAGAGAGUCAAGAAGUACCACUUGGAGCAUCACUACAAGAACUACGAAUUGGGUUUCGGUGUUACUAGUAACUUCUGGGACAACGUCUUUGACACCAACAUUACUUCUGUCUACCACAAGAAGACACAAUAAGUUAUUGAUACCACUAAGCGGUGUGCUGAUUGUCAAUCACUGCCCUCUACGUGGUUGACAAGGUUCUCUAAUUUCCAACACAGGCGAACCGGAGCCCUUUCCUAUAACUGUCUCCAUGAAUAUUAUUGGUAUCAUCGCUUGUGCCUUUUUUUUUGCUAUCCAGCGCCCUUCUAAAACACCUGUGGUUAGGG